AUGGCUCUAAAAUUGCGGGAUUUGUGCAGAAAAGCAAAAAAAUCCACUUUUAAUGUUUCGAUCGAAGGGGAAGCGGGACGUGGAGUUCAAGAAGUGGGUUUCUGUUUAAAGAAAUAUAUUUUAUCUAGUGCUGUAUCCGAAUCUGUGGAAACCAUCAUCCUCUGGAGCGAUUCCUGCGAUGGCCAGAAUGGCAAUAUAAAAAUGGUUCUCUUGCUAAAAAGUAUUCUUGAGGAUUCGGUACAUUUAAAAAGUAUUAGAUUAAGGUUUCUCGUGUCUGGUCAUAGUUUCCUACCAAACGAUAGCGACUUCGGUGACGUAGAAUGCGCGAUUAAGAGACAAAAUAAAGUAUUUUGCCCUUAA